UGACACUCGAGUUUGUCUAGAAAUGAAAUUCAAUUAACUCAAAUUCGGUUCAUUUUUCAAUUGGAUCUCAAACAUUUUUCUAAAGUCGAUCUCAAGUAAUUCGCGAGUGACACAGCUUGUGAACACCCCUAACUAGCAUAUCCUUAUAUUCCAAUAGACUUACUUGACGCCAUUGCAAUCUUUUAUUUUAAUUAUUUUAUAUCUGAACCUCCAUCUUUAAAUCUAAAGCUUCUCUUGUGCCCUUCUUUCACAACAUCAAGAACAUGGACAAGUUUUUGCCAUUUGGGCUCUCUCUUCUCUUAACCACUUCCUUCUUCAACCUUUCUCUUGCAUCAACUCCCUCUUACUCUCGACCUUCUGCUCGCAGUUUGAUACUCACUCCUCAUAACCGAUCCAAUUCCGACCCCCAACAGGUACAUAUAUCUCUAGCAGGAAAAGAUUAUAUGAGAGUGACAUGGAUUACAGAGGACAAACAUGUAGAAUCUAAGGUAGAAUAUGGAAAGGAAACAGGAAGAUACAAUGCAAUGAAAACAGGAGAUCAUACCUCUUAUAAUUAUUUUUUCUAUAGCUCCCCAAAGAUUCAUCAUGUGAAGAUUGGUCCAUUGGAGCCAAACAGUACCUAUUUUUAUAGAUGUGGUGGAUAUGGUCCUGAAUUUUCUUUCAACACUCCUCCUUCUAAUUUCCCUAUUGAAUUUGUUGUCGUUGGUGAUCUAGGGCAAACCGAAUGGACAAAAUCAACACUAGAACAUGUUGGAAGUCGAGAUUACGAUGUAUUUUUACUACCCGGAGAUUUAUCUUAUGCCGAUAGUCAGCAACCGUUAUGGGAUUCAUUUGGGCGCCUAGUCGAGCCAUAUGCUAGCCAGCGACCGUGGAUGGUCACAGAAGGGAACCAUGAGAUCGAAACGUUUCCGUUUAUAUAUCCACAUGGGUUCAAGGCCUAUAACUCAAGAUGGCUAAUGCCAUAUGAGGAGAGUGGCUCGACCUCAAAUUUGUACUACUCAUUUGAUGUUGCUGGUGCUCAUGUCAUUAUGUUAGGAUCUUAUACAGAUUUCGAGGCCGAAUCGGAUCAAUACAAGUGGCUUGAAGGCGAUUUGGGUAAAAUUGAUCGGAAAAAAACUCCGUGGGUUAUUGUGUUAUUGCAUGCUCCAUGGUAUAAUACUAAUACUGCCCAUCAAGGAGAAGGAGAAAGUAUGAGAAAAGCUAUGGAAGAAAUGUUGUAUAAGGCAAGAGUUGAUGUCAUUUUUUCUGGGCAUGUUCAUGCUUAUGAACGAUUUACUAGGAUUUAUGACAACAAGGCCGAUCCAUGUGGUCCGAUGCAUAUAACCAUAGGUGACGGAGGGAAUCGUGAAGGACUUGCAUUAUUGUUUAAGAAUCCUGCUUCUGUUAUGUCAUUGUUUCGAGAACCAAGCUUCGGACAUGGAAGAUUGAAGAUAGUAGACGAAACGCGUGCGUAUUGGUCAUGGCAACGCAACGAUGAUUCGACAUCUUCCAAAGCUGAUGAUAUCUGGCUACAUAGCUUAAGCUCAUCUAAAGCAUGUUGGGCAAAUACCAUUGACAAAAAAGAUGGAGUAACAUCAUUUGUUAAGGAAGAACUUUAAACUUAUUUUCUUCAAUAAUUAGGGAUAUUCAAUUUUGUUUGUCACUAAUUUUUUUCAUUUUAUUUUAUUUUGGUUUAAGAAGAAAAAUAUAAGUUGAGAAAAUUUGUUCGUCAAAUAGGCUCCAUUUGACUCCCGGAAUCACUCGAAAACCUUUAUGUAAAUUCUAUAAUCCAAUUAAAUUAGAAUAUAUUGAAUUUUAUGUUCAAAAUAAUAUAUAUCAAAAGUUUAUUAA